AGGUGUACACGAGCCCAUUCACGAUGUUUGCUCGCUCUAAGUCAUUUUUGUCCGUAUUUUCAAUCUAGUUCUUUUCUCCUUCUUUGUCUUCUCGUUUCAUUUAUUGUUUCUUUUUUUGGUUGGGUUAAUUGCAUAGUCUCUGCUUGCUUUGUAUGAGCGAUGUGAGAACGACGUGGGCAAGGGCGGAACCGAUGUGAUUGAUCGAUCUCGUUUUCACAAGAACUUCUCGUACACUAUUCCGAGGAAAAACAAUUCGAGUGAACAGGUGGGCUGCUCGGUGUGCGGCAAUCUUUGUUCCGGCCACCAAAACCACACCGUUCUCUUCUGUUUGUUCCCUCACAGAAAAAGGCAAAGAAGAGGUUGAAAGUUACAAGAGGCCUCUCAGUCAGACUCGAUCCGCCAUCAAAGCAUCGUUUCAGUGUUGCGUUUUUAUUUCCCCUUUCUUCGACCGGCUCCGAAUGAUCAACACUCGAUUCGAUUGAUACAUCGUUUUGUUGGUCAUGGAUGGCCGUACAUUGAUUUGGCAACUAGUUGUUUGCCUACUGGUAGUCAUACCACCUUCGGCUGCUUCCAUCAACUGGAUAGGUUUACACAGACACUGGGACAUUGGUAUUUGGAAUUGGACUUCCCUAAAUACCAGUCGGUACACAAGCAAUGUCAAAUCAACUUGCUGGGCAGCUGCACGUCAGAAACUGUUGACAAAAGAGCAAGUGAAAAUAUGCUUGCAGCAGCCUGCAUUGAUGCUCUCCGUUUGGGAGGCGGGCCAGUCCGGCAGCCAGGCCUGUCGACAAGCCUUUGCCGACCGCAGGUGGAAUUGUAGCUCGGUCGAUUUCCUUCCGCGCAAAACACCCGAUCUGUCCCGAGGUACGAGAGAGCAAGCUUGGGUGUAUGCACUAGCUUCAGCCGCAUUGACUCGUAUCGUUGCACGUGGAUGUUCCGCCGGUAUUUUCAAGCAUUGCGCAUGCGGAUCGUUCCCGCGCCAUCCACCGGAUGGCCAAUUCAAAUGGGGUGGUUGUGGUGAUGACAUCAAAUAUGCUAAACAUUUCACGAAAACAUUUACUGAUGCACCUUUGAAGCGAGCGAAUCGCAAGUCGGAUGUCACUUUUUCGCGCGCCUCUGACGAGAGCAGUUCUCCCUAUGGUCAGUUGGAUUCCUCUUCUACCGUACAACAAUGGAAACAGCCUCAUGUAAUUUCAGCAAUCAACAUGCAUAACAACCGCGUCGGACGUAAAGUGGCUGAACAAAGUCUACACACGCAAUGCAAGUGCCACGGCGUUUCUGGUUCGUGCCAGAUCAAAACCUGUUGGCGGUCACUUCCACCAAUAGGCGAAAUCGCCAAUCGGAUGAAAACAUUGUAUGGAUUGGCAGUGGAAGUAACACCCCGACGGCCGAACGACAUGCGACGGCGAAGUGCCGUUGCUUCCGGACGUUUGGCUGUUUUAACAGCCAUCCAACAUCAUCAUCCUCAAGCACCCCCAGUUAUGAUGGCCUCUACUGCUGUCCGAGAUGGUGGUUUCAGCGAGCAUGAUCUCAUCUACAUUACCAAAUCACCUGAUUUUUGCCGACCAGACAAAAAAUCUGGCAGUUUGGGUACCUCCGGCCGAACGUGCAACGCUACCCUGGAAAAUAGCAGCGGGAGUUGCGCUUCGUUAUGUUGUGGUCGUGGUUACUUCAAAGUUUUCCGCCAGCAAGUCGAGCGUUGCAACUGCAAAUACAUUUGGUGCUGCACGCAGGUUCGCUGUCAAACAUGUCGACGUCAAGUUGAAGUACACGUUUGCAAGUAGCAUGGCUAAAUAUCAUCUUCAACGAAUCCUAAAAUAUUUACCUUAAAAUUCUUCUACAGUAUUUUCUUUUUCAUUCUAAUAUGAGUUCGUCAAUCCAUUUUUGUGUAGUCUAUGCUCUUAAAGAGUUUAUUUGAAUAGUGUAAUGUUCAAGUACAUCAGAACUAAACUGAUUAACUCCAAUUUUUAGUUACACACCACAGUAUGAAUUG